UCUUAUUUAAAUUCAUCUAAAGUUACAUCACUCUGUAAAACCCAUCUCUCUUUCUCUCACAAAGAUCUCUUCUCUAGGCUCUAACCAUCUGAUCAUCAGCAGUAGCUCUAGUUGAGAGCAGUACCUGAACCAGAAAUCUUCAGAAAAAGACAUACAAAAAUCUAGUUAUCAAACGGUAAAUCUGAUUCCCAUUUUACCCUCCUCGUCAUCUUCACUACUGCUCCCACGAAUUCUGCCUGCAUUUCAUACAAAAAAGAAAGAUGAUUUCAUGGAAAGAUCUGUACACGGUUUUAACAGCCGUGGUUCCAUUAUACGUAGCUAUGAUAUUAGCUUAUGGUUCAGUACGGUGGUGGAAGAUUUUUACACCAGAUCAAUGUUCAGGAAUAAACCGUUUCGUAGCAGUAUUUGCGGUUCCUCUUCUUUCAUUCCAUUUCAUUUCAUCAAACAAUCCUUACGAAAUGAACUUCCGAUUUGUUGCUGCUGAUACGUUACAGAAGAUUAUUAUGCUUGUGGUUCUUGGAAUUUGGACAAAAUUCACAAAGAAUGGUAGUCUUGAAUGGAUGAUUACAAUAUUUUCAUUGAGUACACUGCCGAAUACUCUAGUAAUGGGAAUUCCUUUGUUAAUCGCUAUGUAUGGUGAUUUCUCUGGUAGUCUAAUGGUUCAAGUUGUUGUUCUACAGUGUAUAAUUUGGUAUACGCUUCUACUCUUCUUAUUCGAAUACCGUGGUGCCAAAAUGUUGAUUAUGGAACAAUUCCCUGAAACUGCAGCAUCAAUUGUAUCCUUUAAAAUCGAUUCCGAUGUUGUUUCGCUCGACGGUCGUGGAUUUUUAGAAACUGAUGCAGAGAUUGGCGAUGAUGGAAAGCUUCAUGUUACUGUAAGAAAAUCAAAUGCUUCAAGAAGAUCAUUAAUGACACCAAGACCUUCAAAUUUAACUGGCGCUGAAAUCUAUAGUUUAAGUUCUUCGAGAAAUCAAACACCGCGAGGAUCCAAUUUUAACAAUUCUGAUUUCUAUUCUAUGAUGGGUUGUCAAGGAUUUCCUGCUAGACAAUCAAAUUUUAAUCAGAAUGAUUUGUUUGCUGCUCAAUCUUCAUCAAGAGGUCCAACUCCAAGACCAUCAAAUUUUGAAGAACAAUAUGCUAACGGUGUUAGUUCAUCAAGGUACGGUGGUCAUUAUCCAGCACCUGUUCCUGUCGCGCCAGCAUCUAAUUCUUAUCCGACACCUAAUCCAGAGAUUUCUUGUAUUACUACUACCGCCGCUAAAAAUCACGUUACGAAUACGAAUAAGAACCAAAAUCAAGAAAAACAAAAUCAAAUGCAGCAAAUUACUACUGCUGCUGCUCCUGCUUCUGCUGCGAUACCAGCAGCAGCAGCUACAGAGGGGCAAAAAUCUCAGACACAUCAGAGUAGUAAUAAUGUUGCGAGUAAAACAGGAAAUCAUCAUGAUGCGAAAGAACUUCACAUGUUUGUAUGGAGUUCAAGUGCUUCGCCGGUAUCUGAAGUCGGUGGGUUACAUGUGUUCGGCGGUACUGAUUUCGGUGCAUCAGAUCAGUCUGGACGGUCUGAUAAUGGCGCCAAAGAAAUCCGGAUGUUAGUUCCUGAUCAUCCUCAAAAUGGGCCGAAAAAAGGGCAUACGGGAAAUGAGGAAUUUGGAGGGGACGAAUUUACUUUUGUAGGGGACGAAGAAGACAGGGAAAAAGAAGGAUUAGGAGGUCAUUUAACAAAAUUAGGCUCAAGUUCAACGGCUGAAUUACAUCCGAAAGCCGGCGGGGGAGGAAUGUCAGAAUCCGGUGGUUUAAAGCAGAUGCCUCCGGCAAGUGUUAUGUCUCGUCUCAUCUUAAUCAUGGUUUGGCGUAAACUUAUUCGCAAUCCCAACACUUAUUCUAGUCUUAUCGGUCUCAUCUGGUCCCUUGUCGCUUACAGGUGGCAUGUGGCAAUGCCCAAAUUAAUCGAGAAAUCUAUUUCAAUAUUAUCUGAUGCCGGUUUAGGAAUGGCUAUGUUCAGUUUAGGUCUUUUUAUGGCUUUGCAACCGAAGAUUAUUGCUUGUGGGAACUCGGUAGCAACAUUUGCAAUGGCUGUUAGAUUCUUAACUGGUCCAGCAGUAAUGGCAGCAGCUUCCAUUGCCGUCGGAUUACGCGGUGUUCUUCUUCACGUGGCGAUCGUACAGGCUGCACUUCCUCAAGGGAUUGUUCCAUUUGUGUUUGCAAAAGAAUACAACGUUCAUCCACAAAUUCUUAGUACUGGGGUUAUUUUUGGUAUGCUAAUAGCAUUGCCCAUUACAUUGGUGUACUACAUAAUUCUUGGAUUAUGAAAAUUAGAGAAAGGAACAAGACUAAACACAAGUGUGACAUAUAGUUGCAAUGGAGGAGGACUCGAUUUUGCGUCCAUCCCGGCCGGCUUAGCUUUUCGAUUUCAUAGAAGAAUUCAAUGCUUUUUGGAAGCAUCGAAGAUUUGAUUGUAAUACGCAAAUUGAUCAAAAAGAAGCCCAUGAAUUUUGUUGAAGCGAUCAAAGUGGGAAUAUAGAGAAACUCUCUCUUUCUCCCUUUAUUAAGAAGCAAAGUAGAGUAGAAAAUGGGAAGAAAAAGAAGAGGUCAAGGUGUAAAGUUUUUGAGCAGCUAGAGUUUAUCUAGAAUCUAGCUACACCACUCACAAAUGUGGAAGAUUUCGGAUUUUGCCCAUUUCAAAUAUUCCGGAGGAAGAAAAGACUUCUCUUUUUCCCAUUGAAUUUUUUUUUUCUUGUAUUUGAUUUUUCGGUUUUUUUCUAUAUGCCUGGCUAAAGGAGGAAAUUUUAGCUAAGACAUCAUCAACACAAGAUCACCACCAGCUUACUUUGUUAUUAAUACAUAAAUUUAUUUAUCAUUAGAGAAUAUUUCUUUUAA